CGCAGUGAGUGCGUGCGGCGGCCGGCAUGGAUGACGAGGAGGAGACCUACCGGCUGUGGAAGAUCCGCAAGACCAUUAUGCAGCUGUGCCAUGACAGAGGCUACCUGGUGACUCAGGAUGAGCUAGACCAGACACUGGAGGAGUUCAAGGCCCAGUUUGGGGACAAGCCGAGUGAAGGGCGGCCAAGGCGCACAGACCUCACGGUGCUGGUGGCCCACAAUGAUGACCCCACUGACCAGAUGUUUGUCUUUUUCCCGGAGGAGCCCAAGGUGGGGAUCAAGACCAUCAAGGUGUACUGCCAGCGCAUGCAAGAGGAAAACAUCACCCGAGCCCUCAUCGUGGUGCAGCAGGGCAUGACACCCUCUGCCAAGCAGUCGCUGGUUGAUAUGGCCCCCAAGUACAUCCUGGAGCAGUUUCUGCAGCAGGAGCUGCUCAUCAACAUCACAGAACACGAGCUGGUCCCAGAGCAUGUCGUUAUGACCAAGGAGGAGGUGACGGAGCUGCUGGCCAGAUAUAAACUCCGAGAAAACCAGCUGCCGAGGAUCCAGGCUGGAGACCCUGUGGCACGCUACUUUGGGAUAAAGCGAGGGCAGGUAGUGAAGAUCAUUCGGCCCAGUGAAACCGCAGGCAGGUACAUCACCUACCGGCUGGUACAGUAGCCACCCCACCACCUGUCAGCCCCGGAGACAAAUGGACUGUGUCCAGCCUACCCAGGCAGUUGGCCUGCUGGCGACCUGCCCUGCUGGAAUCUGCUUAACCCUGGAGAUCUACCUGCUGCUCCUUUGGAACCCAAGGCAGGCUGUGUGUUUGCCUUCCCUGGGCUGAGGGCCCUGUGGCCUCAUGUGGACACUGAGCCCUACCUGGCAUCCCGUGUAAUGGUUUCUCAGGAGAGGACAGGAUGCUAAGGGGAGACCAGUGAGCCAUCCAGCAAUCAAGACAGUCCUAGGUUCUUGUCUGUCCCCCCCUGGGCACCCUUAGCUGGCUCCGCACAAAUGGGGCCUGGGUCUGAGUCUCUAGUCAGCCCCCACUUCCUGCUUCCCAUCUCCAUGCCCCCCUCACAGUGGCCCUGUCCCUGACUGACAGCACUUUGAGAUCAGCAGGCAGAGAGAUUAAAACACAUCUGGACCUA